UAUAUCACAUGCACCAUUACUUGGAACUGGAACAGUAAGGAUUCGGUCAAAGAUCCUUGACAUGUCUCAAUGCGCCAAAAACAGUAAUGCGCCAAGAAGUUCAAGAUGGUGCAACUGAAACCAUAUCUGAACAUUUAACACCCAAUGAUCUCGUACCAGAUUCUUCUGUGAUGUCUGUUAACCUUUCUAACUGUAGCCAACCAUCAAGCAAAAAGAUCAGCUCUCCAUCAUAUGACCAAACCUGAGAAAACCGACAGUUUUGUCCUUGGGCCUUAUAAAGCUUUUAUCAAAUCCAAUAACCCAUCCAUCCCUCUUUGACCCCAAAAGAGUUAUAGCGCAACAGGUAAUGGCAAGUCCAUGCUAUCCAAGCCAAAUAUAUUUAUUACUUCUUCUCUCCAGAGCAAAACGCAUUGGUAAGUGUUCUUCAAUUUACACUUUUGAGAUAAAUCAGUCGCAACUUCGUAAUAUGGGAAACUCAAAGUAGCAUAAUUUUCCCAAUCAAGCAAAUGCAGAGACGGGUUCAAAAUGAACUGUAGAGACCAUAAAGCUUCCAAAAAAUAUAAAUGCAGAUAGCCCGGUACAUUCAAGUAGAGACCGUAUGGUAAUUUGUCCUAACUCAUGAUUAACAGCUUCAUAAAAACCAUACGAAGAUAGACUAAUAAAGGAGAAACAAAGUAUAUUCAGAAGAUCUAGAGAACGGCCCUAGAGAACCAUAGGUUCAAUCAUUCGGGUUGUUUUUCACCUUUCAUGUACCUUAGACCAUCAUUGACCAUAGGUUCAAUCACCUUUUAACUGGGUUCUUAGCUUUUUUUUAGUUUUUAAUUAUGAAAAACUAAGAAACGUCUUUUAAAUAAGAGAUAUAAGAGCAUCAGUAUAGGGCGUCCUUAUGGACGUCCUUAUUAAUUUAGGCCCAAAAAGAAAAUGAAAAAAGGAGUUAAUUGUUAAGGAUUGUGUCUGAAAGUCCCAUAAUAAGAAGUUUGUGGGCUCGUCCUGGGCUCGUCCUUCGUCAUACGUGGCGAAAAAGGAUUGGAGAAGUGCGGUGUAGGGCAACACACGGUUUCGUCUCAUCACAACUCUCUCUCUUUCUCUCCUUCUCUCACGAAACUCUCUCGACGGCGAUAGAGGUAGACGGCGAUCCUCCCCUGAUUUAAAGAGCCGAUCGAUUAUUUCGCGAUCUCGAGACCGAUCUAUUGUCCGACCGAAAGCUUCUCCGCCGAUUAGAAUCAGAAAGGUAUGUCUUUCUCUACCCUAAACAAGAAUGCGUUAGAGGUUUAUGUCGUUGUCUGGUUGUUGUUGUUGUUUGUUGUUAUUGCAUGAUUGAAGGAGAUUAUAGCCAUUUUUAGUUGUGCUUUCUUAGAUUGGCCGAUGAAUUUUGAUGAAUCAUUAUAAAAUUGUUGAUGAAAGAGUAGUUCUUAUUGUAAUAUGGCCGACGAACCUCUGUAGAUUCAUUUCCAAUUAGAGUAGUUGUUAUUGUCUUAGCAAAUACUCUUUUGCAUUGACAAUUGUAGGUUAUGGUUACUUGUCAUGUCAGGGAACUGUAAGUAUUAAUGGUAAAAUGAAGGAAACCAAAUACUCUUUUGCAUUGCCAUGAUUGAUUGUGAAUAGUUGUUACUUAAAUGCCUAGUUACAACGAUGUGUUCGUAGUUAUAUUGAUUUGUAACUAAACUGCAUUGCCAUCUCUGAUUGUGUAACGAAAUCUCUUAAUAAUUUAAUGAAAAUGUAAUAGUGGUAAAGGGAAGGCUUAUGGAGAUUAUAAGAGCAUGUGGGAUCUGAAGAUGGAAGAUUUGGCACAGAAGGAGAAGCUAUCCAAGCUCGCGAUUCUUGAUACUCUCCUAGCUAAGAAGGAACCACCUAGUGAGAGUGAAGAAGUCGUGAAGAAUAAACUCCUUGCCUUGUAUUUUUAAACUAAGCAUUUGAUGUUUUAAAUUUGAUGUUUGAACUUGUUUUUUUUUUAAUUUGCUGUUUCAGCAACUUGCUUCUGUGGUUUAUGAAAUAAUAUUCCUUGUUUUAAAUCAUGGGAGUCUAUUUACUUUGUUCACUGUCAUAAUGUAUGCUUGAUGUUAUGUGGCAUACAAAACUUACGUGUGCCGUUUUUAUUAUUGACAGGUUAUGGGUUUGGAUUAUAGCUACACGCAGCCGUCUGAUUCGGAGGAUUAUGGUUUACGGAACUCAGCAGACAGUGGAAACAGCUCGACAGAAAUGAAUAUCAUGCUAGACCAAGCAGAGAUCGAAGCCGCGCAGAAUCAGUACCCUCUGCAGCCUGAAGUGGAGUUUGGCUUCCCCAAGGAAUGCUACUGUGGCCGCGAGCCGCUUUUAGCUACUUCUUACACAAGAAAUGACCCGGGGAGAAGGUUAUACACCUGUGACAACAUCGACGACGGAGACUGCCAUGUAUACAAGUGGUGGGAUGCCGCGGUUACAGAGGAGAUCAAAGCCUUAGGUACACAGUAUGCUCAGCUUUCUGAUAAGGUAAAUUACCUUUCGUUUCUAAGUGACGACGACACCCAUAUGCGCGAGUUUAAGGAUCUGCAGUUUGAUUUAGAGCAGAAGUUGUUAAGGGUUGAGAGAAUUGGUUGUGACUUAGCGAUAAAUACAUCUAGGUUAUUCAGAAUUGCUUGUGUUUGGUUGUUGUCUUAGUGCUAAUAGGCAUUGGACUAGCUGCUCGUAUGUAGGUUUUAUGGUUCUUGUUGUAGGUGUUACUCAUGUGUUUUUUAAGUGGAACUGAGCAAGGAUUUACUCAUGUGUUUUGUAAUAUGCACUUCUGAAUUCGUAUUUUAAUAUGAACUCUUGUAGUUCUACCUGCUCGUUUUGUAAUUUUAAUGUGAUAUCGUAUUCUAUUAUCAACCAAACAAGAAAGUAUAAUUGUUUCUUUCAUCACCAACCAAUCACUACAAGAAAACAGCGAUAUUCUGACGGACAUUCCGACGGAAAAUGAAAUCCUCGGAAU